AUCCCUGGUACUAAAAGGGAAAAAAGGAAGAAAAAAAAAAAAAAAACUAAGAACAUCCUAGGAAGCAAAGAAAAAAAACAUAUCAUCUCUUUGAUGAUUUGUGAGAGACCAUGCAGAGCUCCUUAGGCUACCGUCUGUUGUGGCACUGCUGACUGUGACUGGGUAAGUGGUUUUCUUCUGAGGUCUGAGAGUGAAGCAGUGAUUUUGUAUUUUAAAAUUUAAAACUUUACAAAUAAUAUUGCUGGUUUGAAAUUUGGAGUAGUGGGGUGGGGAAACAGAUUUGAAAAAUAUUCAGCAUGUGGAAGUGACAAGAUUUUAUACUGAUUACAUAUAGACAGUGGAGGUGAAUGAAGAUGCCUAAUACUGAGUAUGCUUGAAGUUGCAUUCCUGGCACAGAGCAGACAUUUGUUGAUUGUCUUUGGAGUAAACAAAUAGGGUGUGAUGAACAGGGUAAAAAUAGAUGAGCAGAAUAAAAAAACAUAGCUAAACAAAGCAGUCACCCGUUCUUGCCAAAUGGCCAGUCCUAAACUCACCCUGAAGGCUGGUCAACAGAUGUCCUGCACGAUUUCCAUCAGACCGUUUGAGAAAUUAUCAGGCCUCUCCCUCACCCAGAAAAACAUUCACUAUAUAUCAGGUCCUCCUUGCUAGAACUUGCAGGUGUGGCACAGGCUGAGCUUCCCCAAGAGUCUUAUCCUACAAAUUUAUGUGUGGCGCAAUGGCAGGUUCAUGCCCAGACCAUAUGAGCUUGAGGGACAUUUGGCCUUGUAGACAGAGGGUCACAGCGGUAGCCAGUCAGUUGAUCUGUUUGGUUUGGCUCCAAGCAUCCACCAAAGAGUUUAUUAACUCACCAACCCCCAGCUUUGGCAGAUAGAAAAUACAGCUGUCAGAAACAUCUUAAACAUGGAGUGAUUGGUUUGGAUAUUUUACUGCCUUCUCAGAGUUGACAAGCACAAAUGCAGAAAUACUCAUCACUCUUGGUAUAUACACCAAAACAAGGAAGUGAUUGGUGUCAGUUCACACUGCCAAGAAAUGAAGAAAUGGGAGGGGCAUACUAAAGAAGCCCCCAGAAUCUACCACUCCAGUGUGCAUUCACAGAAGAGAAGUGAAAUUUGCAAGCCAGAACUGAAAUCUGGCUGUGUGGCCAAAGAAUUAUGGGUGUAUACAUUUGAUGAAGUACAGUUUUUUUAAAACCCUGUUUUAGUUGGUAUCAUUGGAUAAACAUCCUUUUCAAUGAUAAAAAUUCAAGUCAUUUCUGGCCCUUUUCCUGGAAAAGCUGUGAGGUUACAGGAACAGCCAUAAGAGGCCCUUUUCUGGGCAUGGAGCCCAGAACUCUAAAAAACAUCUGGCUGGCUUGAUACACAGAAGCCAGCUCUGCAUGCAUGUAUUUGUGUGUAUGUGUUUCUCUUGUGCUGACUCAUGGCAUUGAAGCCUUUCUGGAAACACCCCCACACUUCUGGCCAUCCACCCCUUGAGCUCCUCCUUGAUUCAAAUGUUAGAUCAAGAAGAAGAAGGAAAACAAAUUGAAGAGCUGCUCUUAGAAAUUUCUGUGUUCCACCUCUUUAAGAGGAGAGACUAGUCCCAAGUCUGACUCAGUUCACUGAAAGUAACUCUCUUCUUAAAGCAUCUACAUUCUUCUAGCCUUUGGAUAAAACUGGAAGAAGAGUGCACUCAAAUUUUUGGUUCUGAAAACUGGAAGUAAAACAGAAAGAUGGCAAGCCUGAGGACCAACACUCAAACAGACCCUGAAAUUGAGCUUUUUGUGAAGGCUGGAAGUGAUGGGGAGAGUAUUGGAAACUGUCCAUUUUGCCAACGCCUCUUCAUGAUUCUCUGGCUUAAAGGAGUUAAAUUUAAUGUGACUACUGUUGAUAUGACCAGAAAGCCUGAAGAGUUGAAGGACUUAGCCCCAGGUACCAAUCCUCCCUUCUUGAUAUAUAACAAGGAGUUGAAAACGGACUUUAUUAAAAUCGAAGAGUUUCUAGAGCAAACAUUGGCUCCUCCAAGGUAUCCUCACCUGAGUCCCAAGUACAAGGAAUCCUUUGAUGUGGGCUGCAAUCUCUUUGCCAAGUUCUCUGCAUACAUUAAGAAUACACAAAAGGAGGCAAAUAAGAAUUUUGAAAAAUCUCUGCUCAGAGAGUUUAAGCGUCUGGAUGACUACUUAAACACCCCACUUCUGGAUGAAUUUGAUCCAGACAAUGCUGAGGAACUCAGAGUUUCCAAAAGAUUGUUCUUGGAUGGGGAUCAGCUAACACUGGCUGACUGCAGCUUGUUACCCAAACUGAACAUUAUUAAAGUUGCUGCCAAGAAAUACCGUGACUUUGACAUUCCAGCAGAAUUCUCAGGAGUCUGGCGCUAUCUCCACAAUGCCUAUGCACGUGAAGAAUUUACCCACACAUGCCCUGAAGACAAAGAAAUUGAAAACACCUAUGCAAGUGUGGCUAAACAGAAGAGUUAGAAUAGUUCUUUCAGGAGAAAAAGCUAUAUUUGUUAUUACAUUUCACUUUCUACUUUAUUAGGAAAAUUUUUUGAAAUAAGAAUAUGAAAAACAAUAUUUGCUCUAUCCAACCAACUUAUGAAAAAUAACUAUUUUCUGUAUAUGAAUAACCAUAAAAAAAUCUGUUCAUUCUAUAUCUUACAGAUCUUCACAUUUUCAGUUCAUUUUUAUUUAUUCCCAUGAUAAACCACUGCAAUAUUGAAUGACAUGGAAAGUAUCGAGAUAAUUUUACAUUUUUAUUAGUUUAUUGUGCACAUAAGUUUAUUUCUGACAUGGAUAAUGAAAUCAGAGAGUUAACGUAUCAAAGAAGCAAAUUUUAAAAGAAUUAUUUUUUUAAACUACUAAAAUGACCAAGACCAAUUGGUCUUAGAACAGCAUUCAAAACCUAAAAAUAUGACCACCUCAGAGAUCAGACUGUUUAUAUUAUUGUUAAAUGAGCAAGUAUUUAUUUGAUAAAACAUAAUUUUAAAAAACAAGAUCAGAAGCAAAUAAAUAGCAAAUCUGCAAAGUCAACUGGAUCUUUUAGUCAUAGAAAUAAGGAAACUAAGAGAGUUGGAUGACCAAAAAGUCUUGUUGCUAUUUGUGAAAAGACAAAAUACUCAGUCCUUAAAGGAUGAUCACAAAAUUUUCUAUAGAAUUUUAAAUGUAUUGUUAUUUAGAUUCAUGUUCUAUACAUCACAUAUUAAAGUACUCUCAAGUCAUUCAAGUCUAGAAACAAAAGCUGAACUUAACUCUUUCUCCUUUAAAGGAGUAACACAAGCAAAAUUAUAUCUCCCAAAAAGGAAACCACAGGUUGGGAACAAUGAUACACAUGUGAAACCCUAGAGACUUGGGAAGCUGAGGCAGGAUGAUAACAAGUUUGAGGGCAGUCUCAACAAUUUAGCAAGACAUGUCUCUAAAUAAAAAAUGAAAAGGGCUGGGGAUGUAGCCCAGUGGUAGAGUACCCCAGGUUUGAUCUCUGGUAAGAAAGGACAGGGGAACACAGGGUUAUAUUCUAGGUUUUGAGUAAAGAAUAGAGUUUAGACAAAAUUUACAUGAAGUAGUAUUUUAAUAGGUUUCAAGAAAAAUAAGACAUUGAGUGAAGAGUUAACACCAGGCAUAGGGUUAGAAAUGACCCAAAAUUCUGUCCUUGAAAAAUAGAGUCAAGAUAAAUGUUUGCCAUAUGACCUCUUUGCUGAAAGACUUCUGAUCUGACAGAUUGUACCUCAUCUGGAUGUGGGGUUGUAGCUUUUCUGAACAGCUCACAUCUUUCUAUUUUCAUUAACAUAAUUUUUAAAAGUAAAGUUUAAGAUCUAUGAUCCUAAAGAACAAAGCCUCUCAGUACCACACCCUGAAAUUUAUUAAUCAAAGCCAUGAGCACAUAUUUAAAGUAUGCCACAACUAAGUUCCAGCAUAUAACAAGGUAAAUAUUUGUGACAAGUGGUUACUCAAUUCCAUAAGUACUAAUACAUCUCAGAAUUACCCUCUUAGACAAAUGGAUUAUUAUCUUUUUUGAAGGCUGAAUGGGGCUGACAGGACCAGAGGAAAUGGACCUCACUUCCUAUUAUCUUCUUAGAUGACAUCAAUAAAAUUUAAUUCAGUAAUUAUUA